AUGGAGGUGACCAAGAGGCCGAAGUUGGGAGCCUACCAGCGAUGGGUACGUGAGCUCAACGUGGCCGAAGGGGAUCCAGAGGAGCUGCUCAUGCUUGAUGCAGUGAUGCGCGUGGCAGCAGGGCUUGGGCCUGCCAGCCAGGCACCGACGGAAGGCCGUCUUCACCUGGUCUCGCCGUGGCAGCCGGACUUGCCAACGGCUGCUGCCCAGGACCCACCGCCCAGCCCCAAGCCGAAGCCACUGGAAGCCGCAGCCUCCGUGGCGAACAAGCUCCUCAGCCUCAUCGCUUUCCGCAAAAGCAAAAGCGAUGCUGAUGGAAGCACGUCUUUCACGCCGGGAGACUGGCGAGUUCUGGCACAUGAGGCGGCAGCUGACCGCCUGCCGCCAAACCGCUACGACCUGGAUAUUUUCAUGUGUUCGCCCACCGUGCUGCAGCUAACGAUCCGGCCCCCACGGGCCACGCAGCAUCACGAGCUGCCAGGAGUGCCCGGGGCCUUCGUUCUGUCCGAUGUCCUCUCCGUUCAGGAGUGCCAUAUGCUCCGCCAGGCGACCGAAGCCAUGGGAUACAGGCCGGACGUGCCUUUGUCCUCCGAACUGGAUGAGCGGGCACACAACGUCGUUCUCAUGGCCAACGACUUUCAGAAUACCUCUUUGUUCGAGCGGGUGAAGCAUCUGCUGCCAAGCAAGCUGGGCCAAGAGAAGCUGUUGGGCAUCAACCGCAGGUGGCGAUUUUACCGGUACCUGUCUGGCAAUCUGUACCGGAAGCACCUGGACGGCGCUUGGCCUGCAAGCGGGCUUAAGCGUGGUGAGGACGGCCAGGACGAGUAUGUGUACGACGCCUAUGGCGGCGGCACCAGAUCCAAACUGACGUUCAUCAUUUACCUGAACGACGACUUCGAGGGCGGCUGCACCACCUUCUACACGCCUAACCCAGGUGAGGAGGGUGUGCUGGACUCGAGACCUGUGAAGCCCCGCAUCGGAUCUGCGACAGUCUUCCCUCAUGGGGACUGUGGCACACCGUUACUGCACGAAGGUUCUGCUGUGACUUCCGGCACCAAGUACUUGUUGCGGACUGACGUCGUCUACGCACGCCCGGAGACACCGGAGGAGUUGAAGCGCGCGGCCCGGCUGCGAGGCUUGGCUCGGCAGCUGGGUGGUCUGGGUGGCCAGGGCUUGCUACAGGAGAAGGAGGAGGUGCAAGAAGCUCCUCCAUCGAGCCAGCCCAAGAAAGCGAAGGUGGGCAAGAAGCGCGCCAAGAAGCUUGGAGGCAAGCAUGCUCAGGAAGGUGCUGGCGGCCAGAAAGGUGCUGCAGCUGCUGCUCCGGCCCCUACCAAAGGCGUGAAGAAGAAGAUCGGCAAGAAGUCGUCAGUGCAGGCUCUCAGGGGUGCAGUUUGUGAAGUCAGCACGGUGCUGAAGAUGAGACUUCGCAGCGCUUCAGAUCCCAGUGGCCCGGGCACACGGCAAGCGGACCAAGAACAAAGCGGCAGGCUCCGGCCGCCGCCGUUGAGCAACAGGAAUGUCCUCCGUGCCUUGCCACAUGCCGAGUUCGUCGUACGCAAAUGCAGCAGUCCCCGCCAGGGAGAACUGGUUCUGCAGACAUCAAGAGCGAGCUGCAAGCCAGAAAAGUUCUUGGUGCCUUCCGAUCUUGUCGAGCGUGUGGCUUUGACCGAGCUCCGUCAGGACAUGCAGAUGCUUCAAACUUUGGUCGAGGGCUUGCCACAUGACCUUACCAGCACGAAAGAGCAGGAUGGCACCGCCGCGGGGAGGUCGGACUUGGAAAGGCUCCACCGCGAGCUUCGAACGAUGAAGGAGGACCUUGGUGCGCUGCGCUCCAGGGCGCAAACCAAGGAGGCCCUCUUGGACCAGGUAGGGGCCGAGCUGGAAGAGACGGUCCAGCGGCUUUCUCAAGUUUCCAACGAGAAGGCCAAAUUACAGUUCGAGGUCGCGGAUCAAGGGAAGACGAUCGCGCAGCAGCGCCAGCGGCUGCAGACAGUGGAGGCGCAGCUCCUCGAAGCCGUCCAGGAGAGCAGGGCUGAAGCCGAGUCGGCCUUCCUUCUCAAAGAGGUACGGAAACAGCUGGCCGCGGCGGAGGGCACGAAACGUUCGCUGGCAGAAGGCCUGGAGCUUGAAAAGACGGAGGCCGAGCGCUUGCGAGCAGAGGUCGCGAGAAGAUCAAUGCCGUUCCAUGAGCCUCGUCUCGCUCCUCUGAAACAGAUCUUCUUGCAUUUCGCAGAACCCAAAGCCAGCAACUUGCGUCGAUGCAACAGUUUUUCAGGGUAUGUGCCCUUUUCUUUGAGUGGCGCAGCCGGACAGCAUGGAAACCAUUCGGAGGUUGGAAUGUCUGCAUAUCUGGAGGCAGAUCUCCCGACGUUACAUGCUGACUACCCCGACGUCGACUCGACGCCCCACUGGCCGGAUACCGAUGAUGAGAGCGAGUCCUGGGACGGCGACGUGCAGAGGAAGCAAGUUGAUCUUGACGGGAUGUCAACGAGCACCGAACAAACAACGCCUUUGCGGUUGAGCUUGACUGCUCUGCUUCCCAGUGAUGAAGUCCAAGGCUGUCGAAGCCGAAGUGAGAGCAAGGAAAGCCAGGCACUGGGCGGCUUGCCGAUGUCUGUGAUCAGUGUGUGUGGCUCCGACCCAGUGGACCACUCCGACAGCGAGGGCAGCAAACCAGAGCCCCAUUUUCAGCCCUACGCCGGAGUUCCGAUGCCUAACGUUGGCCAAAGCCAAUCUCGCAAGGCGGCUCGCCACCUCCCAAAGGUGCGAAGCGUCAAGGCUGCUGGGCAGUUGGUGCCAGGACCCUGCUCGAAACAGCCGUGUGCGCCGGGAUGCGUCCCAAAGCAAGGAGGUGGGGGUGCUGCUGGACACUCACCGGUGAUUUGUUCGCCUACUCCCGCUCUGGACAAGAAAGCCAAGAACUCGAAGAAGGCAGUUGGAGCUCCCCCUGCUCGCAAGGGUCCAGAGCCGCUGGCCCAGGCCAUCAAAACGGCGGCGCCGCUUAAUUGA